AUGCGCGUGACAAUUAAGCCUUUUCAGCAGGUAGAACUCAACCCUGCAAAGCAAGUUUUGCAAGCUACUCCUUACGAAGUGGGCCUGAUCUUACAGGCUAGACCUCCGGUCUGCAAACGUCAAGUGUGCAUUGUAUGCCGGGCGCAGGAAACCGUCAGCCCCCCCGGCCGCCAGUUCAACCCCCUGCUGAUGGGGGCCGUGGAGGCCCUCUUCAGGUUCCCCCCCUUCUUCAACGCUGCGGCCAAGAAUGCACGUAGGAUGAUUGUGAAGCGCGCGGAGGCCCUGGGCCUGGACUGGGAGGGCGCCAUGCGCGGCAUGCAGGCGCAGGACUGGGAGGCGCGACUUAAGGCCGUCACCAACCCCGCAGUCACUUAUCCGGAUUACUACACGCAGCCGUUCCAUGCGUACGGCAAGGGCAAUCUGUGCUGGGAGGCGGCUCUGGAGGUGACGAUGGCGGCCAAGUCCGUACACGCCGCGGUGAUGGACCCUGCGGGGAGGGAAAUGGACCCCGAGGGCGACGCCAAGCUGCGCGCCAGCUACUCCGCAAGACUUCUGCAGUGUUUGUCGGAUCUGGGCGUGGAUCCAGGAAACAUCCGCACGAUUACGGAUUUGGGUUGCGCCACGGGUCUAUCCACCCUGGAGCUGAUGCGGGCCUUCCCGAGUGCCGACCGUGUCACGGGUGUGGACCUGUCCCCGCACUUGAUUGCGGUGGGGCGGUACGAGCAGGAGCUGCGGCAGCUUCAUGCACAACCGGUUCCUACCUUUUGCAUACAUGCGGCCAACGGCGGUGUCCCCGAGGGGGCGCUCACCCUGCUUCACGGGGCCGCUGAGCGCACCCCCCUUCCCGCGGGAAGUCAGGACCUGGUGUCCUUGUGCCUGGUGUGCCACGAGCUGCCCCAGGGGGCGACGCGGAACAUAAUGAGGGAGGCGUUCAGGGUGCUGAGGCCGGGUGGUGUAAUGGCGGUCAUGGAGAUGAACCCGCAGUCCGCCACCUUCCAACGCAUCUUCGGAAACCCCUUCGCCUACACCGCCUUCAAGUCUACAGAGCCCUGGCUCCAGGAGUACAUCACUCUGGACAUGCCCGGUGCUCUUCGCGAUGCGGGGUUCGCGGCGGUCGUCACCCGGGAGGCCACACCGCGACAUAAGACCGUGGUGGCGCUCAAACAUGGAUGGUGA